CAGCUGAUGCGGACGGAGCGGCCGCGCCCCAACACCUUCGUCAUUCGCUGCCUGCAGUGGACCACGGUCAUCGAGAGGACGUUCCACGUGGACACGCCCCAGGAGCGCGAGGAGUGGAUCCAGUCGAUCCAGGCUGUGGCCAGCAGCCUCCAGAGCCGGGAGCCGCCGGAGCCGCCGGAGCCGCCGGAGCCCAAAGGCGGCGACGCCGAGGACGGAGCCGCCGGCAAAUCCCGCGCCAAGGCC